CUAUGAGCCAAACUCCAUUUAGCCUCAUAAAUUAUGUUAAUGACUGAAAUACCCUUUUCUAACAGCUUAGUACACCUAGUUCGCCCGGGCUUUUGGGGUCCAAUUCCAAAAGAAUUCAGUUUACAUUCACGGGGUGAGAAACAGAGAAGGAGAUGAACAUGUUGAAACUCUGGGACUCGAACAGUGGUUACUUUCGUAGUAUGUGGUUUCAGGGGUCAUUGGAGGAUCUUUGGCGGGAAAACGGGCGUGGUGGUUGGGCUACUCUUUUUGCUUUGAUUUUGAUAUUGGUUUGGCACUGGUGCAAGAGGUUCUCCUUUAGAUCUUCAGGUUCCAAUCCCACCACCACUAUUUCUGGUGCUAGGAGUCAUCCCCAAUACAGAAUCUUGGAGAUUGUCUCAGAUGCCGAUUUAAAGUUUUUAAUCGAAAAUUUGGAUCAGAAGCUAAAUGAGAAUGAGAAGUGGGAACAUGUCAUAGACAAAAGAAAUCAUUUUCUAUCUUACAAUGCUAAAUGCUGCAAGAAGCCUAAGAAUGGUCCCCUAAAAUACGAGAGUGUGACAGUAUUUGAGAACUGUUCGCCUGAGAUGUUAAGAGACUUCUACAUGGACAAUGAUUAUAGAAAGCAAUGGGACAAGACCCUGGUUGAGCAUGAACAGCUGCAGGUGGAUAACACCAACGGCGUUGAAAUUGGUCGCACAAUAAAAAAGUUUCCACUCUUGACACCCAGAGAAUAUGUAUUAGCUUGGAGAUUAUGGGAGGGGGAAGAUAAAGCGUUCUACUGUUUUACUAAGGAAUGUGAACAUCCUUCUGCCCCGCGACAGAAGAAGUAUGUACGAGUUGUGUUUUUCAGAUCAGGUUGGCGAAUCAGGAAAGUACCUGGUCAAAAUGCAUGUGAGAUCAAAAUGUUUUACCAAGAAGAUGCUGGUUUGAAUGUCGAGAUGGCAAAGCUGGCUUUUGCUAAGGGGAUAUGGAGCUAUGUGUGUAAGAUGGAUACUGCACUACGCAAAUACUCUGUGAUCAGCCAUCCUCAAUCAAGUUCAGCUGUCACUGCAGUCACUUUAAUUCAGAAGAUUCCCCCUGGAUUCGAUACCAUGAAUGGCAUUAAGUCUUCAACAAUCAGUGUAGUGACUAGUAAAGCUAAAGAGAGGAAGUUCCCAAGAAGACCAUCGACGAAAUUGCUAGCGAAUGGUCUGCUUCUAGUUGGGGGUGCAUUCUGCCUAUCUCGGGGUCACUCUAGCCUGGGUGCUAAAGUUGCCAUGGCCUACAUCUUGACAAAGCUGAGUAAGCGUAGUGCUGCAUCAGACCAAAGCAGGGAAAGUUGAGGGACAUGAAAUUGAUGCAUCAGAACUGAUUUUGGACAACCUUGUAAGAAUAAGGAGAAACAUAGAAGUAACCCAAAAAAAAUAGAGGAAGAGGUUUGAAAGAGGGGAGGGCUAUAUAAAACGAUUUUUUAUGAGUGGUUUGUUUCAAGAUGUGUAAAUAUAAUCAGUACACUCUUGUUACGAAUUCAUCUGUAAAUCUUAAUGAUGUGAAGAGGAUUCAAAAGUAGUGUUCUAAUUCAUUUUCUUUGGAGAAGCAUGAAAUGGAGUUUUAAUUCAUUUUC